UAUCCACGAAAAUACCACGUUAAUAACCUUAUCAAGAUCUUAUUUGAACGAUGUAUUCCCUCGUAAGCAAGUUAUUAUUCCUUCUGUUUCUCUGUUAUUCCAUGAUAUGUCUCUCUUCUUGUAUGCCUAGCUAUGAGCUUGACAGAUUCACUUCAGAGGAAGAAGUCUUGGGACUAUUCCAACUGUGGCAGAAGGAAUACGGACGAGAGUAUGAAAAUCUGAAUGACGAAGCCAAGAGAUUUGACAUCUUCAAAGAUAACUUGAAGUACAUCAGAGAGACAAACGCAAGAAGAGAAUCAGCCUUCGACUAUAGCUUGGGUCUGAACGAGUUUGCAGAUCUGAGCAGGGAGGAGUUCAGUAAGAUUUUCACGCCUGACAUGGGUCCACUGCCCAAAGACAAGGUGGACUUGAACGAUGAAGACGAUGAUUCGUGUCCUGAUGCACCUCCUUCCAUAGAUUGGAGGAAGAAAGGAGCUGUCACUAAGGUCAAGUACCAGGGUCAUUGUGGAAGUUGCUGGGCAUUUGCUGCCACAGGAGCCAUUGAAGGAAUAAAUGCAAUAGUCUCAGGAAGGCGUAGUGUGAGCGUCUCUGAACAAGAACUCGUAGACUGUGUUGAAGAGGCAAAAGGUUGUAGUGGAGGGUGGUACCAUAAUGCAUUUCAAUAUGUUAAAAACAAUGAAGGCAUUGCCAAAGAGGCUGAUUAUCUCUAUACUGCUGAAAAUGGCACUUGCAAAGCCUCCGAGAUAAAAAGGAAAGCUGUCACUUUGAGUGGGUACAAAACUGUGACGUAUCAAUCUGAAAAGUCAUUAUAUUGUGCGGUCUCGAGGCAGCCAGUUAGCGUGGCCUUGGAUGCAAGAGAUUUUCAAUUCUACAAAGAAGGAAUCUAUAAUGGAGAAAACUGCACAGGCAAACUUUAUACUAGUCAUGCCGUGUUGAUCGUGGGAUACGACACGGUGGCUGACCGUGAUUACUGGAUAGUGAAGAACUCAUGGGGAGAAAGUUGGGGCAUGAAGGGGUACAUGUUCAUCAAACGAAACACAGGUAACAAAGAUGGUGUAUGUUUGAUUAACGACUAUGGUGCUUAUCCAACUAAGGAAGAAGAAGAAGCAGUGAAGCCUGAGUAUUACUACUCCUCUAUAUGAAGCCAUCACUUCAUGUUGUUUUUCCUAAUAAGUAUUAGAUAUAAAUAAUUAAGCCUGGCUUCAUGUACUUGUGUGGGACCUUGUGUUGUGAGUUUUCUACGCUAUAUAUGUAUGUCUUGGGCAUAAAUAAUAAGUGAUAAAUGACUUGCCUUUAAACAAA